AUGGCUACCCUUCAGAAAGAAGGAAUUUAUAUUACCGAGUUUAUUUUACUAUACCUAAAGUAUACUAACUUCACUAAAAACAUUCUUUUUCAGAUUCUUUUGGUUAGAAUCGCCUUCAAGAUGCCGUCAGUAAAUUUAAAAGACGUUCCCCAGGACAAAGCCGUCAGAGGUAUCGCCUUUUUCCUGAAAAAGACUGGUAAAUUGCGCGUUCCUGACUGGGUAGACAUUGUCAAGACAGGCCGACACAAGGAAUUGGCGCCCUAUGACCCGGACUGGUACUACACAAGAUGCGCGGCUUUGGUCCGUCACAUCUACUUCCGCAGCCCCGUUGGAGUUGGUGCUGUCAGGAAAAUCUUCGGUGGCCGCAAGCGCAACGGAACCCACCCGAGCCACUUCUGCGAAUCUGCUGGAGGUAUCGCUCGCAAAGCUCUCCAGAGCUUGGAGCAGCUUAAGCUCAUCGAGAAGACUCCUUUGGGUGGUCGCAAACUCACCAGCCAAGGACGUCGUGAUCUCGACCGCAUCGCUGCUCAGAUUAAAGCUAAAUGCAAGAAGCAGAUGAAACUCCAGGAGACUCUUGUUCUUUAA